AAACACUCCUUAUGGAAAUUACACAACAACACAACACCACUACCAAACAUAAAGCUGCUGCUGCUGCUUCUUCUUCUUCAACAACUUCACCUUAUUAUUAUUCCAAGAUUGGUUUUGCUGCUUCAUCAGAGAGGAGUAGUGGUGUUGGAGGUGGGUAUGCUUCAUCUUCUUCACUGGUUUUGGAUAGGGUGAAGGGUGAGUUGGUUGAGGCACCUGUGAAAUUAGAGCGCAAGGGUGUGUUCCCUGAGAGAACCAUUGAAGCUUUGAAGAACCACAGUGAAGCUGAGAGGAGGAGAAGAGCUAGAAUCAAUGCUCACCUUGAUACACUCAGAACUGUCAUCCCUGCUGCUAACAAGAUGGACAAAGCAUCAUUACUGGCUGAGGUUAUUAGACAUCUGAAGGAGCUGAAAACGAAAGCAGCACAAGCAUGUCAAGGCCUAAUGAUACCAAAGGACAAUGAUGAAUUAAGAGUUGAAGAACAAGAAGGUGGAUUGAAUGGCUUCCCUUAUUCAAUAAGAGCAUCUCUAUGCUGCGAAUACAAACCCGGCUUGUUAUCUGAUAUAAGACAAGCACUUGAUGCACUUCAUCUUAUGAUAAUAAGCGCAGAGAUCGCGACGUUAGGAGGCAGGAUGAAGAAUGUAUUUGUGAUAAUCAGCUGUGAAGAACAGAGCUUUGAAGAUGCUGAGUAUAGGCAGUUCCUGGCCGGAUCGGUUCACCAAGCUCUUAGGUCUGUUCUUGAUAGAUUUUCUGUUUCACAGGACAUCUUAGAGUCUAGAAAGAGGAGGAGAAUUUCUAUAUUCAGUUCAUCAUCCUUGGAAGAUUUUUUGUAAGAACCUUGUUUUUAUUUGGUUAAGGUAAUUUUAAGUCCCCAAUAUGCAUAGCUUAUAUUAUAUAUCUGGUUAUGAUGAGGAAAUAGCAAUGUUUCAUGUUUCAGAUUGAGCUAGCUAGGUUGGUAGCUGAUCAGUGAUCACAGCAUUUGAUGUUUUAACCAAUUAGAGAAUAUGAUGUUUUGUAUGAUAUUGUUGAAUCUUGUUUGGGACUUGUUUGGAAAAGUGUUAAUAAGUUUACCUGUUAAUUAUAAUAUGCUUUCUACUUAAACUCCUGUAAUUUUCUUAUACUAUAUAUUAAAGGCGUAUUGGAACUAA